CAGGUUGGAGGCCACUGCUUUAGAGUAUAGAAAAUACCCACUACCUUUGCAUGUGACUGAUCACAUGACUGACUGUGACUUCGUCAAAGGUCCUAAAGCAUCUAAAAUGUGACAUCUGUAGAUAAGUUAAUGGUUGGGUCCCAGAAAGUAUAUAAUUCAGGUCACAGAAGAGAAUGAGUCUUUUUCUCAAGAAACCACCGACGAUGGACAAGGACCAGCAACACAUCGCUGAGAGGAUAUUAGAUGUCAGUCUACAGAUAAUCUACCUGCUGACUGGAGAGGAGUAUACAUUAAAGAAGAAGAUGUCUAAUAAGGAUGAAGACUGCAGCAUGAACCAGGUCCCUAUCAUGGUGUCUUCACGGAUCUCACUGACUAAUUAUAGAAACAAUGAGCAGAAGAUCCUAGAACUCACCAACAAGAUCGCCCAUCUGAUAACAGGAGAGGUUCCUAUAAGGUGUCAGGAUGUCACUGUCUUUUUCACCAUGGAAGAAUGGGAAUAUUUAGAAGGACAUAAGCAUCUGUAUGAGGACAUUUUGAUGAAGAACCACCAUUCCCUUACAUCGUCAGAAGGAUUCAAUAUGAAGAACGUACCUGAUGGAUUCUCUUGUCCUUAUUAUACACUGAGUUGUCCUAACGAAAAUUACAAUAUCCUACAGGAUUAUCAGGCUGAAUAUCUGACUUGUAUUAAAGAAGAAGCUGUAACAGGAGGAAAUGAGAUGUGUAUGGGGAUCAGUCAGCAAUUUAAAGAAGAGGAAAAUCAAACUAAUAUCAGCACAGAUAACUACAAUAACAACUUGGAAGAACAUCUUCUCUCUCCCGAUAAUAUAGUAAAAUAUAAUAUUACAGAAGAUAAUUAUGAAGACUCCAUUACCUCAAGGCUAAACUCAGUCCUUCACAACAGAGAUCUAUUUACUGAUCCCAGUAAUUACAAGGAUGCUUUAUCUGAUCAACUACAGAAGGAUAAUAGUGGUAAUUAUUGUGAAAUGUUUCCAGACUGUGGAGGUGAACGUAUUUUUACACACAAAAGAAUUGAUAGAGAUGAAAAAACAUUUUCCUGUUCAGAAUGUGGAAAAUAUUUUACCCAGAAAUCAGAUCUGGCUAGACAUCAGAAAAUUCACAUGGGGGAGAAACCAUUUUCAUGUUCUGAGUGUGAGAAAUGCUUUAGGCAGAAAUCAGAUCUUAUUAAACAUGAGAGAACCCACACAGGAGAAAAACCAUAUUCUUGUUCAGAAUGUGGAAAAUAUUUUAGCCAGAAUUCUGCUGUAAUUGGACAUCUAAGAACUCAUACCGGUGAGAAGCCAUUUUCUUGUUUAGAAUGUAAGAAACAUUUUAGCAAGGGAUCAGAACUUCAAAAACAUAUGAGAAUUCACACAGGGGAAAAGCCAUUUUCAUGUUCAGAGUGUGACAAAAGUUUUAGACAAAAAAGCGAUCUUUAUACCCAUCUAAGAAUUCACACAGGGGAAAAACCGUAUUCAUGUUCUGCAUGUGGGAAGUAUUUUUCCCAGAAAUCAAACCUUCUUAAACAUCAAAGAACCCGUACAGGGAGGGAGGAAUUUUUGUGUUUAGUUUGCGAAAAAUGUUUUACCAGUAAAUCAUGUUUUGCUUACCAUCAGAAAACUCACACAGGUAAAAAUCUAUUUUCAUGUUCAAAAUGUGGAAAAUGCUUUGUCAGUAAAACAUUUCUUGUGGAACAUCAAAAAAAUCACAAAGGAGAGAAGUAUCCGGCUCAUCACAUGACUAUGACAUCAUCAAAGGUCCUUUAUACCCAGGGAUGUAAUGUAUCCGGCUCAUCACAUGACUAUGACAUCAUCAAAGGUCCUAGACACACUAGGUCGUGUGUAAUUAAUCACAUGACCAUGACAUCAUCAAAGGUCCUGGAGCUGCUAGAACAAAACAUCUGCAGAUCAGCUACUGAUCAGGGUUUUGAUAAAUCUCCCUCAAUAACCACAAAGUUCCAAACCUACUUUGGCGUUAAAACUAGGGUAAACACGUUGCCCAGCAGGAGCUUCAUGGCACAGGUCUCCAUGGCUGAGCAGCUCUAUGGGACUUUAAAUGUGAAUAAUCCACCAAGGAUGGACAAAGACAGGAAAUGCAUUGAUGAGGAGAUCUUAAAUGUCACCCUAGAAAUAAUCUACCUGCUGACUGGAGAGGAAUAUACUUUAACGAAGAAGAAAUCUAAAGAGGAAGAAGAAUGGAGCCAGGUUCCUAUCAUGGCGUCUCCACCUCAUUCAUUGACUAAUGAUAGAAACAAUGAGCAGAAGAUCCUAGAACUCACCAACAAGAUCGUCCAUCUGAUUACAGUAGAGGUUCCUAUAAGGUGUGAAGAUGUCGCUGUCUAUCUCUCCAUGGAGGAGUGGGAAUAUUUUGAAGAACACAAGGAUCUGUAUAAGGACAUUUUAAUGGAGAAUAACCAGUCCCUUACAUCAUCAGAGGAAUCGAGUAAGGAAAUCAUACCAGAGGGAUUGUCUUGUCUGCUUGAAACCCAGAGUUGCCCAAAGAAAAAUUACAAUGUCCUGCAAGACUUUCAGGCUGAAUAUCUGACUUAUAUCAAUGAUGAAGACUUAAAAGAAAAAGAGAGCUAUGUGGGGAUCAACCAGCAGUUUAUGGAACAGGAAAUGUCAAUAGACAUCAGAACAGAUGACUUAACCAAAAACUGCCAGGAACAGUUUUUUUCUUCAGAUAAUAAAGCAAAUGAUAACAAUAUUGCAAUGGAUAUUUUUGAAGAACUUUCCAUUACUUCAGAGUUAACUCCAGUCCUACACAGCAGUGAUCUAGCUACUGAUCUGUGUAAUACCGAGGAAUACUUUGAAGGUGGCAAAAAGGUUAAUAAAAAAAUUGAAUUUUCAUGUAUGGAAUGUGGGAAACCUUUUACCCGGAAAUCGGAUCUUGUUAGACAUGAGAAAAUUCACACAGGGGAGAAACCGUAUUCAUGUUCUGAAUGUGGAAAAUGUUUUAGACAGAAAUCUGAUCUUUUCAUCCAUCAAAGAAUUCAUACAGGGGAGAAACUGUUUUCAUGUUUGGCAUGUGAAAAAUAUUUUUCCCAGAAAUCAAGUCUUGUUAAACAUCAAAGAACACACCAGGGUGUGAAGCCAUUUUCAUGUAUAGAAUGUGAGAAAUGUUUUACCAGUAAAUCAAGCCUCCUUGAACAUCAAAAAACUCACACUGGGGAGAAACAAUUUUUAUGUUUAGAAUGUGGGAAAUGUUUUACAUUAAAAUGCCUUCUUCUUAAACAUCAAACAACUCACACAGGAGAGAGGCCAUUUGCAUGUUCAAAAUGUGGAAAGUGUUUUGCCAGCAAGUCAAAUCUUGUUGACCAUCAGAGAACUCACGCAGGAAAGAAGACAUUUUUCUGUAGAGAAUGUGAAAAAUAUUUCACUAGGAAAUCUGGUCUUCUUGAGCAUCAGAGAAUACAUUCGGGAGAGAAGCCAUUUUCAUGUUCAGAAUGUGGGAAAUGUUUUAUCCUGAAUUCACUUCUCAUUAAACAUCAACGGACUCACACAGGAGAGAAACCAUUUUCAUGUUCAGAAUGUGAGAAAUGUUUCACCAGGAAAUGGAGUCUCCUUGAGCAUCAGAAAACUCACACAGGAGAAAAGCCGUUUUCAUGUUUGGAAUGUGGGAAAUGUUUCGCCCUGAAAUCACUUCUUUAUAAACAUCGAAGAACUCACACGGGAGAAAAGCCAUAUUCAUGUUCAGAAUGUGGGAAAACAUUUACAAGGAAAGUGAGUCUUAUUAAACAUCAGAGCGCGCACACAGGUGGUGGGCCAUUUUCCUGUUCAGACUGCGGAAAAUCUUUUACUCUAAAAUCACAUCUUCUUAAGCAUCAAAUAACUCACACAGAACAGUUAUACUUUGUUAGAAAUUCACAUCUUGAUGAACAUCUUGAUCAGAGAAGUACUUUUCAUAUACAGAAGGAAGACAUUUUUUUGCCCAUAAGAGAAGUCUCGGACAUCAGAUAAUUCAUUAUUAAUAAACAUGUCUUUGAAUAUACUAAAAGUUAAGGGAAGCCUUUUCCUAUUGAUCUUUCUUCUAAGUAUUACAGUCUUGUAGAUCUAUAGAUGUUGUAAAUCUGUUUCAAGUUUUCCUUUUAACAAUGCGUAAUUACAUUACUUGUUCAACAUUGUUCUAGUUGCUCAUUGCAACUCUGUUGUAUGCUUAUAUAUGAGAAUUUCUAUAAAGAUAUAUCAAAAUGAAAAAUCGAAAUGUAGAGCAUAACAAAUGAAAAGCAAAUCAAUGGACGUAAAAGUUAAAGGGGUACUCCGGCGAAAAAUAUCUUAUCCCCUAUCCAAAGGGGAUAAGAUGUCGGAUUGUGGGGGUCCCGCUGCUGGGGACCCCCGCGAUCUCUGGCACUGCACCCCGGUCAUCUGUGCACAGAGUGAAAGCCUCCUCCAUUCAUGUCUAUGGGAGGAGGCAUGAUGGCUAUGUACUAGCUGUCACGCCCCCUCCCAUAGACAUGAAUGGAGGGGGCGUGGCUUGACAUCACAAACACGUAAGCGCCAAGCUUCCGUGA